AUGAGAACUAUAUUCGUCUUAUUCGUUUCGACUAUACUUUUAUUGAAUGUUAUUGUAAGUUGUCAAGGAGGUCCUUUAAGAAAAAAAUUCUAUCGAGAUACAUGUCCGAAGGCAGAGGAUAUUGUGAAUGAUGUCACUUCCAAACAUGUUGCAAGAAACCCUGCCGUGGCCGCGCAACUCCUAAGGAUGCAUUUUCACGAUUGUUUCGUCCGGGGUUGUGAUGGGUCUGUUCUAAUAGACUCAACUCCGAAUAAUUCAGCAGAAAGAGAUGCAAUUCCAAACCAGACACUAUUAGGUUUUGAUGUCAUUGAUGACAUAAAAAAACAAGUUGAAAAGGCAUGUCCAGGAGUUGUGUCUUGUGCUGAUAUAUUGGCUCUGGCUGCUAGAGAUUCAGUGUCUUUCUCAUUUGAUAAACCUAUGUGGGAAGUACUUACUGGCAGAAGAGAUGGCAGAAUAUCAAUUGAGGUAGAAGCUCUUACUCAGAUCCCAUCACCUUUCAUGAACUUCACUGCUCUCAAACAGAAUUUCGCAGCCAAAGGUCUCACUGUACAUGACCUUGUAGUUCUAUCAGGCGGACACACAAUUGGAGUCUCCCACUGCGCUGGUUUUACUAACAGGCUUUUUAACUUCACUGGGAAAGGAGACCAGGAUCCUACAUUAGACCCAAAAUAUGCUGCUUUCUUGAAGACUAAAUGCAGAAAUCCCAGUGACACUACAACUGUGGUAGACAUGGAUCCUAAGAGUGCCGAGGAUUUUGACAGUCAUUACUACAAGAUCCUCCUGCAAAACAAAGGAUUGUUUCAGUCUGACGCUGCGCUUCUAACGAACAAAGGUUCAAAAAAUAUUGUCAACGAAUUACUCAACCAGGAGAAAUUCUUUACCGAGUUUGCUCAGUCAAUGAAGAGAAUGGGAGCCGUCGAGGUCCUCGCCGGCACAGCUGGAGAGAUUAGGAAGAAAUGCAAUGUUAUUAAUUAA